UGAUGUAGUUGUAGAUGCGGUGGAUGUUUUCCUGUCUCCUGUCCACGGUUUGUUGUAGUUGGGGGGAUUAUGUACAUGUGACCCCCAUAUAGGUGCGUGAUUCCGCGGAUGCAAUCACCACAAAUGUCUCUGAUGUAGUUGUAGAUGCGGUGGUGUAGCUUAUUCUGGAUAGAUGUGUCCUGCUCUCUUAUGUCUUCUAUUUCUCAACUGUGUCCUGUUUACAUUGUAAUUUCCCCAAGAAUUCCCAUAGUUUCUAUGUGUACUUUGCAGUGUAUCCCCCCCCCCCCGCAAUUUUUACAGUGUAUUUUCUUGAUUCAGUUAUGUAAUUCCUGAAUUUAUGGCUCUCAGUGCACCCCUACUUUUAUACUGUAAUCGUCUUGCUUAGUUUAUGUAUUUAUAAUGUAUUUUUUGCGCCUUUUUUGUAGUGAAAUGUUCAUGCUUUAGAUAUGUAAUUAUCAGGUUUAGAUUUACGGAUUUGCUAUUUUACACUCGAAUGGAUGUAUCUAGCACUGUUUUUGCAAGAACUUUCUGGUGAUGAAGGAGGUUUUGACAAAGCUCUUUUGAAGUUCUAUAUGAAUCAAAAAGUAAAAUGCUUGAAUAGGAAAUUAUCAUCUGCUGGGAGAAGGAAUGUGGAACCUCGUAAUGUCUUCUUCGUCGAGGAAUCCAUUGUCUCCGUCUUGUACAUGCGAGUCGUCUGGUUCUUUCCAUUCUCCUUCAUUAUUGUGGGAUUAAAUUCUGCUCUGCCAUCUUCGCUUGCUGUUGCUACGGCAAUGCAUUUCUUCCAAUGUCUGCAGAGUAAGUUAAAAUAUUUUCCAUGUAAGAGAUGAAGCCGGUGAAGGGGUUGAAGAAUUGGGGUAGGAGUAGAAGUGCUCCUGAUCCCCUGAUCUGGGGAUCGUCUCUUGAGUGAUUUUCCUAUGAUCUCCCCCAAUGUUUGGUUGAUGUUCUCUUGAGUAGAAGUGCUCCAGGUUCAGUUGAAACCGGGUCAGAGUUUAACCCGACCUGUUUUGUUAGAAAUACAGAACAUACAGGUUGGCAUCUAUUUAUUUGUCAGGAAAUUUGAAUGUUGUCGAAUUGAAAAACAGUCAAAUACUAAAUAGACAGUCCCCAUUUUAAAAUAGGCAGUGGGUUUCUAUCAUGUAUGGCAUGCUAGGUAUAAGACCAUAUGUUUCCUAUGCGUUGAGUGUAUACAACAGAUACCAAAGUGAUCCUGAAGUAGCUCACUGGGAAGCAGAUAAAAAUAUUCUAAAGUACCUCAUAAAGACUAAGGACUUUCUUCUAGUCUAUGAGGUGAUCAA